AUGAGCAAACACGACUACCCCUACAAGCGCUCCGUGAACGUCACCGCCUGGGUCCUCCAGAUCAUCGUCUGCAUCAUUCUGCUCGGCUCCUCAGCAUGGCUGCUGUUCAUUGUGGAGUCGGACGACUACGACACCGUCAUUGCCAAAUAUGAAGGGCUCCUCACUGCUGCCGCCGGCCUGCAGAUCGCCCUCACCGCCCUCACCAUCGUCCUCGACAUCGUCGAGAUCGUCCUGAUCGCCCGCCAGAGCAUGCCGCCGCAGCUUAUCUGGCGUCGGCGUGUGUCCACCUCCCUCUCGCAGCUCAUCUACAGCGCGCGCCUCGUCCACGCCAAGCGCAAGGGCACGCUGACGGCCGGCCGAUACGCGCCCGCGCAUAUCCAGGACAUGCCUGCGCGCAACGUCCACAGCGACAUCGAGACUGGCUACGGCGGCAGCGCGGUGCCGCCGGUCCAAGCGUACAACGCGGGCUACUAUGGCGCCCCCGACGCCGGCCUCGGUAAUGCCGGAUACAAGCCGUCAGCCUCGCCCGAACCGCCGCAAUAUGGGAGCGGGUAUGGACAAGGACAUGGGCAUAACUCUUACGAGCUUGAUAACCGGCACUGA